AUGACUAGCGUCUCCUUGGGAGAAGUCAUAUAUUUGUCGUGCAAGCCCAUGUUCAAGAUCUACUUUCUGAUCGGGGUGGGGUUCUGGCUGGCACGCAAAAACAUAUUAUCCGUGGAUACCACUAAGAAUAUCAGCAGUAUAGCCAUCAUGGUGACUAUGCCUGCGUUGCUAUUCAACAAAAUCAUCACCAACAUCGACAACUCUGACAUUGCCCAGAUCGGCACGAUAGCGUUUCUGGGGAUAUUCAACAUGCUGGGCGGUGGCUUGUUGUGUUUUCUGGCGGGUCUGGUCACCAGAAGUCCCAAACGAUGGUAUGGAGGUCUAAUCAGCGUGGGGAUGUUCCCCAAUAUCUCUGACUUGCCAAUCGCCUAUCUGCAGAGUUUGGAGGGAUCCGGGGUUGUUUCUGAUGUUGACCGUGGCGUGGCGUUCAAUUGCAUUUACACGGUGAUUCAGCUGAUAGGCCAAUUCAACUGUGGCCUCUACAAGUUAAUUGAGUGGGAUUUUAGAGACGCGUUUAAAAACGCGGGCGAGAAAAAACCGGGCGACGAGGAACAGACGGUAUCGACGUCCGAAUCUCCAGAGUCGAGUCGGCACACAGACUGUUCCAACUCGCUGACCAGCAUCAGCUCCUCGGCCGAUGAGAACGACACAGACGAAAAUCAGCCGCACUCUUUGAGAGAAAAACGAACCGGCCGCAGAAGUUCACGGUCCACGGCAAGAAGAAGCCUCGACCUUGGGCGAACAGAGAGCGCGUGUUCAGGUGUCUCUCUGAGAGAGAUGCCAACAGAAAACAUGGCCGACAUGGUGCGACAGUACUCGCGUUUCGAUGAGCUUGCGGCCGGAUCUGUGAAGGUGAACGACCCGGCAGAUCUGCAGGUUGCUCCGAAACCAGCGCCCUCUGAGUUGAAGGGCGUGUGGCCGCUAGCGAAGUCUUUUAUGUUCCUGCUUCUGGAGAGCUUUCGCAAGCCAAUUUCGCUGACUAUCGUCAUUAGUCUCAUAACCUGCAUGAUUCCAUGGGUGAAAGCCCUUUUUGUUACCACCAACCAGGCUCAUAUCAGUCCCGCACCCGAUGGGCUGCCCCCACUUUCCUUCAUGAUGGAUAUUUCGUCCUACAUCGGAGCAGCACAGGUGCCUUUCGGUCUGCUUGUUUUGGGUGCUACCAUUGGCAGACUGGAAAUCAGAGAUAUCCCACUGUCGCGGUGGAGAACUCCUGUGGCAGUCACUGCUGUGCGCCUUGUGCUGCUUCCCGUCGUGGGAUGCGCGCUUGACUCCAAAGUCAGCAAGGACGGACUUUUUUAUAACGAACCCAUUCUCCACUUUGUGUCGAACAUCGUUUUUUGCAUGCCUCCUGCUACAUCCAACAUUUACCUGACUGCAUUUUACACUCCUCCUGAUUACGAGGACCACAUCCAGGUCGACUGUCUGGCAUUGUCAUACAUUUGCCAUUACGUUGCGCUUGUGGUUUGUCUGCCGUUCACCGCAGCAUACACUCUCAAGGUUCCGCUCAAAUACUAG